CUCUGCCUCAUUAUACUCUCUAUCCCAAAACAGAGACUUUACACACAAACAACAGAUAAUGGGGGGGAAAGUUGGCGUCGCUCUAGCUCUCAUGCUCCUCACACUCUUCUCCUCUUCGUCGCGUGUUGACUCGAGAAUCCGACACUAUAAGUUCACGGUGGUGAGGAAGAACACGACGAGGCUGUGUGCGAGCAAGCCCAUCAUCACGGUGAACGGAAAAUUCCCGGGGCCCACUCUCUAUGCACGGGAAGAUGAUACAGUCAUUGUUAGAGUUGUGAACCAUGUCACAGACAAUGUCACAAUACACUGGCACGGUGUUCGGCAGCUCCGGACGGGGUGGGCCGACGGGCCGGCUUAUAUCACGCAGUGCCCGAUCCAAACAGGUCAGAGCUACAUUUACAAGUUUACCCUGACGGGGCAGAGAGGGACUUUGCUUUGGCAUGCGCAUAUCAACUGGCAGAGAGCCACGGUGCACGGCGCCAUCGUGAUCCUGCCGAGGCUCGGAGUUCCGUAUCCAUUUCCCGAGCCUCACAAGGAAGAGAUCAUCAUAUUAGGAGAGUGGUGGAAGGCGGAUGUGGAAGCUGUGAUCAACCAAGCCAUGCAAGCAGGCCUACCGCCAAACGUAUCCGAUGCACACACCAUCAAUGGCCUUCCCGGCCCUUCUCCAAAUUGCUCUUACGCAGGGUAUAGUCUCCAUGUAGAGAGCGGGAAAACAUACCUCCUACGCAUUAUAAACGCAGCAGUAAACGAAGAGCUCUUCUUCAAGAUCGCCGGGCACCACCUCACCGUCGUCGAAGUCGACGCCGCCUACACGAAGCCCUUCAAAACCGACACCGUGUUCAUCGGGCCGGGCCAGACCACCACGGCCCUCCUCGCCGCCGACCGGCCCGCCGGCAACUACAUCAUCGCCAUCUCCCCCUUCAUGGACACCAUCGUCGCCACCGACAACCAGAUCGCCACCGCCACCCUCCGCUACGACGGCGCCGCCCCCUCCGCCGCCGCCGCCGCCGUCGCCGCCGACAUCCCCGCCCGCAACGCGACGGCGGUCACGGCCGCGUUCAUGGACGGCCUCCGGAGCCUCAGCCCCGGCGGCGGCGCCGUCCCGGCCGGCGACGUCGACCACUCGCUCCUCUUCGCCAUCGGCGUCGGCGUCAACCCGUGCGCGUCGUGCGCCAACGGCAGCCGCGUGGUGGCCGGGAUCAACAACGUGAGCUUCGUGAUGCCGGCGACCGCGCUGCUGCAGGCGCGGUACUACAACGUGACCGGGGUGUACACGGCGGACUUUCCGGCGGCGCCGCCGGCGCCGUACGACUACACCGGGGCGGCGCCGGCGAACAUGCGGACGACAACGGGGACGAGGGUUUACCGAGUGGAGUACAACGCGACGGUGCAGAUCGUGCUGCAGGGGACGGCGGUGAUAGCGCCGGAGAGCCACCCGACGCAUCUGCACGGAUUCAAUUUCUACGCCGUGGGGAGAGGAGUUGGGAAUUAUGAUCCGAUUAAUGAUCCAAAGAGGUUUAAUCUUGAUGAUCCUGUUGAGAGGAACACCAUAAGUGUGCCUACCGGUGGAUGGACUGCUAUAAGGUUUAGGGCUGAUAAUCCAGGAAUGUGGUUUUUGCAUUGCCAUUUGGAAGUGCACACAACAUGGGGGCUUAAGAUGGCAUUUUUGGUGGAAAAUGGGAAAGGCCCAAAUCAGUCAAUCUUGCCUCCUCCAAAAGAUCUUCCAAAAUGUUGAUCACCAUUUUGUAAAUAUUUUAUUUGAGGACAGCUUUUUGAACUUUUGGGAGUGAAGAUAAUCAUGCUGCACUUCAAUAAACCACACAAAUACCAGAAAAGGGAAAAAAAUUGUUUUAUGUAUCAUUUGCAUUUAAUUUGUUUAUUUGUGAUCUUGUACAUGGUUGUAGGCUUGUAGCAAGUUUUCAUUAUUUUGUGGAGCCACAAAUGAAUAAAGUUUGGGCUGUAACUUAUGCAUCUUUUUUCAUAGGGAGAAAAAAAAUAAAAUAUUUGUUUCCAUAUUA